UCGUCGAUGUCGUGCAUGACUUAAGUUCUGUUUUUUUUGUAUACCAUUUUUGGUAUAUUCUAUUAAUAUACUAUUAAAAAUAAUACUAUUAUAACAAUAAAGUUUAUUUCUCCAUAAUUAAAUAUGCAUUCAUGCCGACAGUUGCUGUAUAGUUCUGCGCGAUGGAAAUGUACUUUGCCGCUCAAUAUAAAAACUACGGUCCUAUCAAAAUCAGAUCAGUUCACCUUACAAGAAUGCCGGCAUUACUCAGCACGAAAGGGUUUCUUCUCAUCCAUCAUAGAAAACAUAAAAGAAGACAUGGCUAAGAACAAAGAGAUGAAAGAGAACAUAAAGAAGUUUAGAGAGGAAGCACAAAAGUUGGAGAACUCUGAAGCUUUACAGGCGGCGCGGAGAAAGUUCCAUGCAGUAGAAUCGGAAGCAUCUAAAAGUUCAGAAGUAUUCAAAGAAACCAUUGAAGGCAUUAAAGGCAAGAUGGAACAUGUCAUAGAGGAAGCUGGUAAAACAGGAAUAGCUAAAAAAGCAGGAAAGUUUUCAGAAGAUAUAUCGAAAUCUGCCAAAGGUGCAGCCGAGAGUCUAGCGGACAAAAGUCAAAAGCUGGGACAGACGUCAGCCUUCAGAACUAUAUCUCAAGCUACAGAAGUAGUGAAGAACGAAAUAUCAGCACGAGGAUUGGAAGGUCGUGUGUACACCUCACCGAUCUCAUUGCGAAAACGUGUUGAGGUGGCGUCGGAUGACCGCACGUUCACUCCAGACACGGAGACGGUGGGUGUGGAGCUGCACAGAGACUCUAAGUUCUACCAGCAGUGGGAAGACUUCAAGACCAACAACCAAUAUGUUAACAAGGUAUUAGAUUGGAAAAUAAAGUACGAAGAAUCCGACAACCCAGUAGUUAAAGCAUCUCGAUUCGUCACUGAAAAGGUCGGUAAUCUAUUUGGCAACAUAUUCGAAAAGACUGAACUAUCCAAAACGUUGACAGAAAUAUGCAAAAUAGACCCGAACUUCACCGCGCAGAAGUUUCUAGAAGAUUGCUCCAAUGACAUCAUACCGAACAUUCUGGAAGCGAUGGUACGUGGUGACCUCGAUAUACUUAAAGACUGGUGUUACGAAGGCGUGUUCAACAUUCUAGCGACUCCGAUUAAACAAUGCAGACAGCUCGGCUACCGUCUCGACUCCAAGAUCCUGGAUAUCGAGCAGAUCGAGCUGGUGAUGGGCAAAAUGAUGGACCAAGGUCCCGUGUUAGUUAUAACAUUCCAAUCGCAGCAAAUCAUGUGCGUUAGAGACGCAAAGAACAACGUCAUAGAAGGUGACCCAGAUAAGGUCAUGAGGGUCAACUACGUUUGGGUCCUAUGCAGGGAUCCUCAGGAAUUGAACCCCAAAGCGGCGUGGAGACUGCUCGAGUUAUCAGCAAACAGUGUAGAACAGUUAAUAUAGGUGUAGUUGUUAUAUAUUUAGAUGUGAAUUAAAUCGUUGACGAUUAGAUAUGGUUUUAGUAGAAAUUGGACCCAACCGAGCCCGUAGCGGCUAGAGCAGUACGUCACCGGAAAUGGCGUGAGUUAUGACGUAAUUUUACAUGAAUUUAUGAAAUUGUCACGGACGGUAGUCUAAUAAUGUACUCGAAUAAUUUAUUUACUUUGAAAUAUGUGAGAGUAAAUUAAUUUUAGUAUGUACAUUGAAAUAUAAGGUCGGUGGUCGUAAUGACGAUUUUGGAAUUAUCUAAUUGCGUCAUAAAGGAAACUAUGCGAUUGUGACGUCAUUGAGUAUUUCAGCAAACGUGUUGUUUAUAUGUGCCCGUUACAGUACAAGUGUUAUUUUUGUUAUUCUCUAAUAAACAAGGACAGCAUUUUUACCAUUACUUCAUCAGGAAUUUGUUAUUUUUUUAAGUUUUUUUUUAUACUCGAAAAACUCUGUAGAUACCUGUACUUGUAUUGCUUAAUGUGUACAAAGAAUAAUACGACUUAUUUUACGUGCGAUAUGGUACAUUUUCAUGUUUCAGGGUUUUCCGAGUAUGUUUACUCAAUUUUAUUUUCAUUUUAUAAUUAAUUUGUUUUUAUUAUUUCCUUGUUUUAAUAAAUGUAUUAUUUAUUAUUCGGUUUACUUUCUCAUACAGUAUAUUUUAUUUGUAUUCAAUAAAUUGAAGGACAUACCAUGGUAGAUAAAUGUUGUAAAUGUAAGGACCUAGUUUCGAUUCCUGGUUAGACAAAUUAAGAUUAAAAAAAAGCAAAUUUUAAGUGUUUGUCGGAUAGAAUAUUUUUAUACAUUUAGAGCUGCAAUUUUUUUAUUCAAAUGUUCUUCUAAGGUUUAAUCUACCCUAAUAAUUGGAUCUCGCUGUAAAACUCGCUAUGCCAUACCACAAGUAGUUUUCUGUUAAUAUCAGGCUUUUAAUGGAGUAAGACUUUUUUUCUUUACACCAUGCAGUCUUCCAAAUUAUAAGCAGUUGUGUUAUA